UUAUUGAGAUCUAUUGGAAGAGUUCAGCAAAGAAAACAACUCCCAAAAGGAGAGAAUAGAUGCUCCCCUUAUUUUCUGCUUGUUACUGUGGAUCCAAGGCAGGUUUGCUGUGAAUUGCAUUACAAGAUUGAUUGUAAGUUAUAAAACAGCCUGUCUCUGCAAACAAAGAAAUGGGUGGAAUCAUUUCCAGAUGGCGGCAGGUAAAACCUUCCACUGUAGAAGUAUUGGAAAAAAUUGAUAAGGAUAUUCAGGCAUUGGAAGAAUUUAGAGAAAAAAAUCAGAGGCAACAGAAGCUAUGGGUUGGCAGGUUUCUCCUCUAUUCAUCUAUUCUCUAUCUGCUUUCCUGCAUAAUUAUAUAUUUUUGGUACCUCCCCGAUGAGUGGACUGCGAGGUUCGUCAUGACACUCCCUCUUUUUGCAUUUCCAUUGAUAAUUUGGUCUAUAAGAACACUCCUCAUCUUCGUCUUUUCUAAAAGAACAGAACGAAACAAUGAUGCCUUGGAAGACCUAAAAUCCCAGAAGAAAAAAAUACUUGAAGAAGUAAUGGAAAAAGAAACAUAUAAGGCUGCUAAGCUAAUCCUUGAAAGGUUUGAUCCAGAAGCCAAGAAAGCAAAGGAUGCUGAACCGCCAUCUGCUGGAGCAUCUGCAGUUGCAAGACCUGGCCAAGAACUUCGCCAUCGGACCCCCGUGCGAGGCAACGUAUCUCCCCCUCUCCCAGGAACACCAAAGCAGGGCUCUCCGAAAGCAUCAAGCCCUGCAUCUCCUGGUCUGCAGAGAGAGAUUUCGGCACCUGGUGGACCUCCAGAGAGAACGCCGGCCUCAGCCUCACAGCCAAAUGUGCUACCCAGACAUCCAGGGCCCCGUGCUACUUCAAUGCCUGGAAUGGGUCUUCACCCACCAGGACCUCCACUGGCAAGACCUAUUCUUCCUCGAGAGAGGGGAGCAUUAGAUAGAGUUGUUGAAUAUUUAGUUGGCGAUGGGCCACAAAACAGGUAUGCGCUGAUUUGCCAGCAGUGUUUCUCCCACAAUGGAAUGGCUUUGAAGGAGGAAUUUGAAUAUAUUGCAUUUAGAUGUGCCUAUUGCUUUUUCCUGAACCCUGCAAGAAAAACCAGACCACAAGCUCCACGACUCCCAGAUUUCAGUUCUGAAAAGAAGCAGCCUGCUGAAGCUGAGAUCCUGCCUGAAUCACCACAGUCAGAGGAGGAGAAGUUACAAGAGACUGAAAUAACUGAAGAACAUAUAGAUGAAGACAUCCCACCUCCUGAAGCAGACGUGGAAAAGGUUCAAGCUUUGAUUACUGAAGAACAUAGUGUUGAUGUAGUUGGAGCAGAAGAGAUAGAACAGCUAACCAGUGAAACUAAAAUUGGAGUUAUAAACACAGAAUCUGUUCCGGAUGACCAAAGGGAAGAACCUGUAGAGGAAAAAUAAGUGCCUGAUAUAUUUUUUAAAGCAAUAUUCUUUCAGUUGUUACAAGUGGGUUGCUUUUGGGCAUUGAUAUGUCUUCACUCUCACAAGCGCCAACUGCCACUCCCACUGUUAAUUUAAAGCUAUGUGCACAAGAAAUAUUGUGUUGCAAGACUGUGUUUGCUUUGGUGACCUAAAACACUUCAGAAUGUGCAGCUAUUCAAGCAAGGGUAUCCUUACCUUUUGUUUUGGAAACUUUUUUUAAAAAGUUAACAUACUUAACAGAGUAUUUUUCAUAAGAGCGAUCUAAAAAUGUAGUAUUAUUUGAUCGUUGGACAAACGAGUGCUGUAAAUGGCCUGAAGGUGUGUAAUUCUUGGUUGAAUAACAUUUAGGGUUUGGGGUUUUUGUAUUAUAUUUAGGCAUUGAAUACAUUUUAAGUAUCUAGAUGUUUACAGGAGAAAAGAUAUUUAGGUAUGCAGUACAAAAGUGUCAUCACAAUUAAAACUUAAGCCACUUUUUAUCCUUUUAUUUUUUGAGGGAAUGCAUUUGAGGGGUACGGUUUGUCCUUUUUGGAGCUAUAUACAUAACAGAUGUGCUAAAGGCAUGUGAAAUAGAAAUAGGUUGUGUUUACAUGAAGCGUAGGAAUAUCUGCACUUGAUUGUACUUGAAUACUGAACAUUUAUUUAUACCUGUACGAUAAUGACUGAAUAGAUGAAUUUUGUGUAUUUUGUUAAAGGAGAAAUAAAGACUAUGUAGCAUUAAGUGUU